UCAAACAGGCCAUAUGUGUAUCAAUCAUCACCUUAUCAGUUUCCUGUCAAAACAAGUGUUUGUAUGACACAAAACUGACUCUCACUUUUGUUCCCACUUUCCAUGUCUCUACCACUUUCCUCACCAAAAUGGUUGACCAAUUGUGCUCAAAUCCUCAACUCAUUCAUAUGUUUCAUUGUUUUCUUCAUAUUUGAUCUUCUCGAUGCUGUUUUCUGUGUCAUCUACAGAAUCCUUGAUAAGCACAUUGAAGGGGAAUCCUCACCUUGUUGCUGCAGUAAAUUGGAAAAACAGAACAAGAAGCUGUUGAAUCAUGAAUAUGAUGGUGAAUCAGAUAGCCUGUAUGAGAGGAAGAGCAUCUUCAGAGAAAUGGGUUUCCUUCAAUUUGGGAGAAAACAGGAAGAUUCCAAUAGAAAAUGUGGUGAAAUUAGGCCAUUGAAUCGUUGGUCUGAUUGUGGGUGUGAGUCUUGCCUUUCAUGGGUGAAUGGUGGUGACUAUAAACUUCAUUUUGUUGUCAAGGAACCCGUAAUGGAGCAUUGCAGGGGAAAUUACCCUUCUGAGAAUGUGAUAUUCUUACAUGGAUUUCUCUGUUCUUCCUCAUUUUGGACUCAGACACUGUUUCCAUGUGUUUCUGAAAAUGUGAAUAACUACUACCGGUUGAUUGCCAUAGACUUGCUAGGAUUUGGGAAGAGCCCAAAGCCAAGAGAUUGCUCAUACACUUUGAAGGAUCAUGUGGAGAUGAUUCAGAAAUCUGUGAUUCAACCAUUGCAAUUGAGUUCUUUCCAUUUGGUUGCUCACUCCAUGGGUUGCAUAGUUGCAUUGAGCUUGGCUGCAAAGUACCCUACAUGUGUAAAAUCAAUCACCCUUGUUGCACCUCCAUACUCUUCUUCUGAGUCAAGCGAUGCUUCUUUAAAUGCAAUCACCAAGCUUGCUGGAAAGAAAUUGUGGCCCAUAUUAUCAUUUGGUUCUGCAUUUAUGUCAUGGUAUGAGCACUUGGGUCGAACUCUUUGCCUGGUCUAUUGCAGAAAUCACAGGAUAUGGGAAUGGAUUCUAAAAUUCAUUACUCGCAAGAGGGAUCUACAUUUUAUGACCAUAGACUUGACCAAGCAUACGCAUCAUUCGGCUUGGAGUUCCAUGCAUAAUGUGAUAUGUGGGGGAGCGAAAUUUAUGGACAGUUACUUGGAAAUUUUGACCAAAGCUAGAGUUAGAAUUAAUGUUAUUCAAGGUGAUCAAGACCAAGUUGUCCCAAUGGAGUGCUGCAGAAACAUCAAAUUGAAAGCUCCAAAUGCUGAAAUCAAUGUCAUUCCAAAUGCAGAUCAUAGCACUGUACUCUUCGGUAGAGAGAAAGAGUUUUCAUAUAGUCUGGAGCAUACAUGGGAAUCUGUUGAUAGAAGUAAAUUGCAGUGAUGAAUCAUGAGAAUUUCUAAUUUUCAUAUUCAAUUCUAAAAAAUAGUGGAGAAACUAACUAUCCCAUUCUUAUGAUUUAAUUUCCAUAGAAACCAUUUUUUCUCUAAGAUUUCUGAAAAUAAUAUUCCCAUGAUCAUAUUUUUAGAUAAUUAUUCCUUAAAAUA